AUGGAACAUAUGUGCCAGCUGGUGGAACUUAUAUACCACCAAACCCUCCAAGAGAAGCACCUGCACCAGGACUACCUAGAACAUUUACAUCGUCACAUGGACACAGACACAGGCAUGCACAACAACCAGCACAACAACCACCUCCACAACCAGCACAACAACCAACACAACAACCAACAGUUCAAAACACUGCACCACAACCAGCACAACAACAACCACAAACAGAGCAAGGACAUAAAAGAAGUAGAGAACAAGGAAACCAAGAAUUCUUAA